CUGUAGCAGCCAAGGACUGCAAUGUUUACGUGCAUACAUUAGGGAAAGGUAGCUGCAGCUGGCCUGCUCUUAAAAAUCAAAAUUUAGCUAUAAAAGAAAGCCAUCUCUGAGUUGACCAGACAUUUCAAUCAAUACCCUCCAUCCAGUCAGUCACAUCCAUCAUCUCCAACGUGAGUUUGCUGGCUCCAUUGAAACAUUGAAGCAGAAUGCCUAGUACUCGAUCAGGUGCCAAGCGGGCUUCACCCACUGCCACUCUACCCACACCCAAGACGCCCCCCAAGAAAGCGAAACCCGCCCCCAAGAAGGAGAAACCUGUGGGUAAGCCUGCAUCAAAAAAGGCCAAGGCUGUUAUUACUAAGGCAGCCGAUGAUGAUGGUGUGCCUAAGCUUCGCUCGAUUGUGGUGAAAGGCAAAGCGGCUGUGGAUGAAGCCUCUGGUAUGACUGAAAAAGCCCAUGUCUAUGAAGAUCAGUCCCAAGGGGUGGUAUGGGAUUGCAUGUUGAACCAGACCAACAUCCAGAACAACAAUAACAAGUUCUAUCUGAUUCAAUUGUUGGAGAGUGAUUCGACUCAAGAGUAUUGGGUGUGGAUGCGAUGGGGUCGGGUGGGCUACAAAGGGCAAACUUCUCUUACUCCCACAGGUUCUAAUUUGGUUCAAGCUCAGAAGGUGUUUGAAAGCAAGUUUCAAAGCAAAACCCACAAUGAUUGGCAAGAUAAGGACAAUUUUGAGAAAGUGGUGGGAAAGUAUGAUUUGGUCCAGAUGGAUUAUUCCGCUGGCAAUGAGGAUGAAAUGGUGCUGCCCCCAAAUAAAGACGUCAAAGCCAAGGCCAUCCCGGAAAGCAAACUGGAGCAGAAAGUUCAAGACUUGAUCAACCUAAUCUGCAACAUCAAGACCAUGGAACAGACUGUGAUGGAGAUGAAGUAUGACACAAAGAAGGCCCCUUUGGGUAAGAUCACCUCUGAUCAGUUGAAGGCUGGCUACUCGGCUCUAAAGGUCAUUGCUGAGCUGAUCAAUGAGGGUGUUACGUCUGGUGCCAAACUGUGUCAGGCAUGUAACGAUUUCUACACCCGCAUUCCUCAUGAGUUUGGCAUGAAAGUCCCGCCUCUGAUCAAAACGAACCAAGAAGUCAAGAGUAAGAUUGAGCUUCUGGAAGCCUUGGGAGACAUCAAGAUUGCCUUGAGCAUCUUGGAUUCUAAGAAAGACGACGAGGAUCUCAACCCCAUUGACAAUCAUUACCACAGAUUGAAUUGCCACAUCAAGCACCUGGAAACGAAGUCCAAAGAUCAUGAAAUCCUGUCCAAAUACAUCAUGUCUACCCACGGCGCAACUCACUCAUCAUUCUCCAUGGAUGUUCUCGACAUUUAUGAUUUGGACAAAAGUGGGGAGCUGAAAAAGUUUAAAGAUCACGGGAAUAAGCUUCUCUUGUUCCACGGCUCGAGAUUGUCCAAUUGGGCCGGUAUUUUAGGUCAAGGCCUGAGGAUUGCUCCACCUGAAGCUCCAGUUACUGGAUACAUGUUUGGCAAGGGUGUCUAUUUUGCGGAUAUGAGCAGCAAAUCUGCCAACUAUUGCUGGACCAACAAAAGCAACAACAUCGGUCUUCUUAUGCUGUGCGAGGUGUCCCUUGGAAAGCCCAGAGAGCUCCUGAAUGCCGAAUAUAAUGCAGAUCAGUUGCCCAAAGGAACGCAUAGCACCAAAGGUAUGGGCAAGACUGCUCCCAAUCCCAAGAAUUAUGUCACCCUUUCGGAUGGAACGGUGGUGCCCAUGGGACCAGGAAUGAAUACCGACGUCCUGAAUCCUCGUGGAUACACCCUCAUGUACAACGAAUAUAUCGUGUAUGAUGUUUCUCAGAUCCGGAUGCGCUACCUGGCCAAGAUCAAGUUUAACUACAAGUUAUAAUUAUAGACUAGUUGGAACUUUGGCAUUUUUUUUUCACGAUUACGCUUAAUAACUACAGAGUGAUGAUGAAAAAGGAUCAAUUACCAUUUAACAAAUAAAUUGGCAGUCUUGUCGCGACCGGACAAAAACGCCCACAUGUCCCUUGUAAAGUGUCCUUGGCAACCAAAAAAAUAUAAAUAUAUGCGUGAUGUUUUGAUUUCAG